GUUCAAUUUCCCACCCCAUCGCGAAAUCGACCAUGUCGGGAGCGCAGUCCGACCAGGCGCGGACGCUGCAAUCCGUGCGAUCGCGCGCCGACCAUCUUCGACACACGAUCCAGACACUUGAACAGCUCAUGGCAUGGCACCCUCUGACGCAGUGGCCAGAAUUCUUGAGCAAGUUCCAGGUGGUUGCGAAGCAGCUUGAGAAUAUUAUGGGGUCCAAAGACGACGACGACAGUUUGCUUCCAGAGAGCUUACACCAUUGGGUGUGUGCGCCAAGGAUGUCGCUUCCCGAUCCAUCGCACAUCCCCAUCCUCCUUCGAACGCGGGAGGAUCCCGAAAUGGAGAAGCGUGACGAGGAACUGCUGCAGUCCGACACGGCAUUGCUACUCCCGCACCACCACCGCAAGCGCAAGGCAGAUUGGACUUGGGACGAGCUGGAUCUGCAAAAAGAAAACUUCAACACAGCCGUGGAAGGGUUCGAGGAAUCGCUGAAGAAGAGCUCGGACGAGCUGCUCAAACGCAUUAAGGUUGGCAAGUUCAAGGACGUCGCGCGCCCGACCUUCACCCAAACCGACAAGUACAUGUUCAUGGAGACUGGCCAGUGGACCAAAUCAUAGGAGAUCAUCGCUUGACACGACGUGGGUAAAUCGCCGAAACAUUGAUCACUUCAUAAGGAACGUCAUGUCGGAUGCCUGGGGCCACUGGUUUAAAGCUCACUAAUAACCAAACAGUAGUCCUCA